AUGCGUUUCUCCUUCGUGUCCCUUAUCCUGGCUUCCGCAGCCUUUGUGAGUGCUGCUAAAAUGGGAGAUAUAAUCGGAACCGUCAAUACCGAUGAUAACUGCGCCUCUGAAGGUGUCGACCUUCUUGAUAGCACUUGCACCGCUUCAUCCAAAGGUUCUAUCAACGUUACCGCAGACACUAUUCUCUGUUUUGCGUACCCGGACUCCGAGUGCAAGACCAGCACUACCACCCCAGAUGGUGUUUAUUUGGAGAAGGGAUGUAAUGUGGAUGAAAAGCUCUCGGAAGACGAUGUCUCUCUUCUCUGCUAUGCCUGA